AAAAUAGUCAGAGUUAUAAUAAUCAGUCAGAGUUAUGUCUUAGGGCUUUGAUAAACUACUUGUUUGUUCCUUCUACUCUUACGUGCUCUUGAGGUAAAAUCAGUUUUUGACAGUUGGUCUGGUUGGGAAUGACAUAGCUCAUGAUAUGUAACGUGAUUUUUUCAUACAAAUUCGGUAUUAAUGGGUCACGCCUGUCGAAAUCCGACUUUGUCUAAGCCACGGAAUAGGCCGUUUGCUAUUUUAGAUUAGCAUUCAUUCAUUUUGACAUAUUUACAUUUUCUUUAUUGUCUCUAUGUUUGUAUGAGUAAAACAGAAUUAUUAUAAACAAUAAAUGGUAAAACUUGAAACUAAAUGAAAAGGGAGAAAAUCUUUAGAUUUAUAUAAUGUCCUAUCUAAACUAUCUAUGUAAUAAUAAACGAUCAAAUAAGAGAGAGAAAAUUAUUGGAACAUGCUACACUAUGUGUCCCCAGGAAGAAAUUAGGUUACGAAAGCGUGAAAAGCUUGUUCAUAUAUUAGAAGUGGUUGGUGAUAAUUUUAACCUUGUCAAAAGUUAUAGUAGGUCGGCUGCAGAUGCUAACAUGGCUGUUCCUAGCCUGCUGCGACCAUACAAUGUUCUUAAGAAGACUGUGAAUUAUUUAUUACAUGUAGUGGCUAAACAGACAAAUGUACCAGUAAUAGUAAUUUAUGACUUUUUAAAUGACAGACUAAGAGCAGUGCGACAAGACAUGACUAUACAAAGAUUGCUUCCUGACCAAUGUGUGGAAUUACUUGAACCAAUUAUUAGAUUCCAUGUAUAUUUUGCUUACAGAUUAUGUGAAAAAGCAAUAAAAGAAUUUGAUCCAGUGCUAAAUAACAAAUUAUUACUUGAAUGUGUAAAGUGGUUUCUAAGUUGUGCUGAUGAAAUGGACAGACUAAACAGUUCCUUUAAUAUAGAUAAUACAACACUGAGUUUGGACUUAUUAAACUUAGAAGAUAGUAAGACUAUGUAUGACAGAGUUCUUGUGGAAAUUUUAUAUAUUUUGUGCAAUAUAGAAAAUCAUCAGCCCUUGGUACGGUAUCUUGCUUUACCAAGUUAUAUAAAAAGAAAUCCUCGAUUAAAGCUUGCCUUUGAGAUUGCAAUAGCUAACUUAAAGAAUGAUUUUAUAAGAGUUUGUAGGCUGUCUCGUGGAUUGUGUCCGCUCACCACUUGUGCCUUUGUAAUUUUUUUACCAACAUUGCAAAGAAGAAGUCUACAAAUAAUGAGUUCAGCGUACAACAGCAAGCAACUGACGAUUCCAACAACAGUAUUACAAGAAUGGCUGUUGUUUAACAAUGUUGUUGAUGUCACUGAAUGUUGUAAACUGUAUGGUUUAAAUGUUGAUAAUGGAGUACAAUUCAAUAAGAUGUCCUUCAAAUGUGAUAUUGAAGUUCAUAAACCAAAACUCAUCAAUCGGCUUACUGGAAAUGAAAUUAUAAAAUUGGAAGAUGUUUUAUAAUAUUGAGAUUAUUUAUCAGGACUGUGAAACCCAGCUAGGCAAUCAAUUCUGAGCUAUGAAUAGUGUCGGUCACAGAUCAUACCAAAACACAUAAAAUAUACCUACCCAUAAAAUUACCCAAAGACUGAGAGUUGAAGAAAUGAGACUAGAAAAGUAUGAAUUUCCGUAUAUUACUUUGCUGAUAACAUAUAUUCAGAUAUAUGUUAACAUUUAUUUCUGUAUUAAGAUUUACAUAUACCAUGUAUAAAGAUCUCAUGUAUGUUUUUAAUAAAACAAUUUUAUUAA